UCACAGCAACCGAAAGGUCGCGGCGCUGCAGGACGAACCAACUCGGGAGCGUCACAGCGCAGCAGCAGUCAUGCAGGAGCUAGCAGAACGGACCCGGCAGGCGCUGCACUGGGGCGCUCGUGACUUCUGGCCCACCCACCUCGAGGCGGAGCGGCGGGCGCUGGGCGAGGCGGGCGCCUUCGCGGCGCAGCUGCACGCGCUUGAGCGGCACCUGCACAAGUGGGACAGCGCCACUGAGGACAUGCUCCGCGCCGCCAGCCACUUCCUCACCGACGCGCCGCGCCCCCGCCACUUCGCCCAGCCCGACCCCGCCGACCCCGCCACCCUCACCGCCACGCCUCCCACCCUCAUCCCCCCCGCCGCCGCCUCCGACCCACGCCUCUGCCGGCUGCUGUCCGACCCGCCGCUGCUGCGGCAGCUGGCGGGGUGCCUGCCGCUGGUGGUGCGGGACGCGGUGCGGCACGGGCUGCUGGAGCCGGUGGAGGUGUGGCUGGCGGCGCAUGAGGCGGCAAAGGAGCGGCUGUCUGCGAUGGAGCCGCUGCGAAUCCGCAACGACGCCGCCCGCCGCGCCAUCCACGCCGCCGCCUCCGCCGCCGGCGCCGACCAGCCGGGCAGCGCGGCGCACGGCCACCUGGUGAAGGCGGAGGAGGACGGCGAGCCCGCCAUGAGUGAGUUCGAGGUGGCUCGCUCCGCCCUGCUGUGCCACCUGCACUGGCUGGCCGAGGGCGCGGCGCAGAUCAAGGCGGCGGCGGUGGCGGUGGCGGCGGCGGCGCAGCGCGGCGCCCUGCGCGGCGACCUGGCGCCGCCGGAAGGACUCAUCGCGCCCUUCCCACACGAGCUGCUGGGGGACCACCCCGAUUCCGCCGGCGCCACGGCCCUGGCCACACCCAUAGCCCCCGCUGCCUCCGCCGCCGCGCCCGCCACCCCUCUGGAGGCCGCCGCCGGCGUGGCGGUGGAGGGCACCGCGCCCUCCGCCGCCACCGCCGCGGCCAUGGCUGAGGCCGCCAUCGCCGCCGCCACCACAGCGGCGGAGCUGGCGUCGGGGCAGGAGGUGCCGCCGCCGCAGGUGAUGAUGAUAGGCGGUGCUGAGCCGGGCGCCAGUGGCGGCGCCAGUGGCGGUGGCGGCGCGGUGUCGGACGCGGUGGUGCUUGUGCCGCCGGGCACUGCGGGCGUGGCGGCGGAGGCGGCGGUGGCGGCGGCGCUGGAGACUGCAGCGGAGCUGGGCGCAGAGCAGUGGCCGGCCUCGCACAUCACCGCCGCUCACGCCAUGUCCGGCCCCGCCGCCGGCCGGCUGCGGCGCCUGGUGCUGCGGCCGCAGCGGCGCGAGGCGGUGCGGGCGCUGUGGCGGCUGCUGGCGGCCAGGGCGCUCACGCACGAGCGGGCCAAGGGCCUGCCCGAGGUGGCCAUGGACCAGAUGACGGAGUUGCGCGAGCGCGCCGGCGUCACGGGCGGCUUCCUCAUGCGGCCAGAGAUGGCUCCCGAGUAUGUGAUGGCGGGCCGGCGUGUGCUGCCCGGCGGCGGCCCGCUGCAGUUCCUCCGGGACACGCUCAUGGGCCCCUCAGACACCGCGGAGGAACACCACCCGCAACACCACCCGCAGCAGCACCCACACCCGCAACACCACCCGCAGCAGCACCCGCAGCAUGCGGCUGCCACCGCCGCCGCGGCUGCGACCGGCGCCAGCCCCAAGCACCGCCCGCCCGUCACCCCCACCACCACGCCUACCGACACCGCCGCCGCGACCUCCCCCACCGCCACGCGCGCAUCCACCGCCGCCGGGCCCCUGGCGGAGGGUGUGGGCGCCGCGGCGGCACGUGAGCAGAUGCACGAGGUGGCAGCACGCGGCGCGGGCGAGGCCGGCGCCGCCGCCACCGCAGCCCUGGGGGGCGCGCUGACCUCACCGACUGACACGGGCGUGUGGCGCUUUAUUACGGAGACGCUGGUCGGACCGAGGGAGGAGGCGGGGAAGGGGAAGAAGGGGAAGACGGGGGAGGUGGGGGCGCGGCAGGAGGGUGCCGGGCUGGGCGGGUUUGUGCGAGACACGGUGGCGGGGCCGGCGCCGGAGACGCGGGAGGCUGCGGAGCAAGGCACACGCGAGGUGGCGUUCGGCUCGGGCGGCACUGCACUGCCCGCCGCCGCCACCUCCAGCCUGGCCGCCGCCGCCCGCUACCAGAUGUCCACCGCCACAGGCGGCCAGCUGCAGCACAUGGACGUGCUACAGCCGGAGGCAGAGGCGGCUGCAGCUACAGCCGGCGGUGGCGGCGGUAGCAGCGAUGCUACAGCCGGCCGUACUGCCAGUGGAGGGCCGGCCAGCUUCGUGGUAGACACGCUGAUGGGGCCCGAGACCCGGCAGCCGCAGCAGCCGCUCAUGCAGGGCGCUCUGGGACACGCCGGCGGCGGCGGCGGCCCCCUGCCGCCCCUGGCUGCACCCAAGCCCGUGGACCCCUCGCUGAGACCCAUACCCGACGUGGCGGGGCCCUCCGCCGCCUCUGCGGGCCCCUCCAGCCGUGAGGCCACUACGCCUGAGCCACCCGCCGCCUACACUGCUGGUGGCACCUCCGGCCUCUCCCCCGCGCCCGCCUCCACCGUCUCCUCCACCAUCCCCGCCACCACCACCACCGCCACCGCCUCAGGCGGUUACGACGUCAACGCGCCGCCGGCCAUCGCAGCCGACGAGGCCAAGGCCCGCGCCCUGGCGCUGGCGGAGCAGGCCGCCGCCGCCGCCACCGCCCUGACGGCGGCCGGCGCCGCCGUCGAGACCUCAGCAGCUUCCAUGGACGCCGCCACCGCCGCCGUCGACGCCGCCGUCGCCGCCACCAGCGUCGCCGCCGCCGCCAUGGAGGCCGCCACCGACGCCACCGUAAUGGCAAUCGACUCGGCCGGCGCCAUGACUGAGGUCGAUGUCGAUGUCAGCCGCGGCGGCGGCGGCUCCGGAGGCAUGCUGCGGGGGCCGGAGACGCCGCCACCGGCGCCGUCAGUGGAGUCGGCGGCGCCGGAGGCCCGGCACACGCUGGGGCUGGUGGGCGCCGGCGGCCGGCCCGGCCCUGGCAGCGGCGACGAGGACAUUUCCGAGGAGGAGGCCGGCGGCGUCGGCAUUGGCGGCGCCGCCGCCAUCAACAUUGGCCUCAGCCCCGCGGCCGCCAUGGCGCCCGGCUCGCCGCCGCUGGCGCCGUCGCGGCCGCUGCACACCGUGGCGGCGGGCCGGCCGCACGUGUCACCUGCCGACAUUCCGGAGCACGCGCGCACCUACGGCCGCAUAGGCGCCGGAGGCGAGCCCGGACACGGCCGCCGCGCUGCCGGCGGCGGCAGCGGCGGCGGUGGUGCGGGUGGAGGCGACGUCAGCAGCUCUAGCGAUGUGGAGGGCGAGGCUGAGGCGCCGGUGGCGGUGGCGGGAGAGACGGGCAGCGAGGGGCGCACGGGCAGCGGCGUCCCGGGCGCGUUUGGAGCCGUGAAGAGCCUUAUUGAGGAGGCUGCGGCCGGUGGGGUCGCGGUGGGUGGAGGCGGCAAAGUGGAGCAGCAGGCUGGCGGGGUGCGGGCGGCGGGUGAGGUGGCGGAGUCGCCGGCCGGACCAGCCCUGGUGGAGCCGUGAGGGCUGUGGGAUGGAGGAGAUAUCUGGCAGGAGCAAAGGCAGGUGGGGACCUGGGGAUUUCGGGAGUGUGAAGUAGUCUGAAGUGGUGCCGGUGUUGGCCGUGGCUCCAUCCAUGCGGGUGGCAGCAGAGCAACGCACUGGCGAUGAGGAACCUGCACUUUGCACGGUGUUACGCAGUGUGCGCUGGUGAUGCAGUAUCGCUUAGGUAGUCCUAAAGCGGUUGGUCAGUUGCGCGGUCUACCAACAAGUUGAACUUGGGGCUUUGUCGUCUUUGUUGCAAUUUACCAUGGAAUCGGCCUGGGCUGUGCCGUGUGGCAGGGCAGACCGAAAGGAGGCGCGUGUUGUGCACGUUGAAGCUGUCAUAUACUU